AGAGAUCUUCAGGUCGUUAUGUCUUUGUUAUUGUCAUCAAGGCGACAAAACUGCUCUGUCCUGGCGGGGUCAAUUUGUGACCUUGCAUUUUUUUGCAGACCGUUUCACGAUCUGAAAUUCGGAUCAAACAACCUUACUUCACCCUAAUUUAAAGAUCAAGAUGGCUCAGCAAGGUAUGCCUCCGCCUUUUCCAGGCAUCGCUCCACCUGGUGCUCCACCAAUGGGAAUGGCUCCUCCUCCAAUGGGCAUUCCUCCUCCAAAAUUGGUGGGAGGUAUUCCUGUGCCCAGACAGCCUCCAAACACGACACCAAGCCGAACGGUCUACAUCAACAACAUUAACGAGAGAGUGCAGAUUCCAGUCUUGAAGAAAACGUUAGAAACGCUCUUUUCGCAGUACGGUGAGGUGUUGGAUGUCGUUGCAUACGCCAAUAUCCGGGCUCGUGGACAAGCUUUUGUAGCUUUCAAAGAUGAGGAAAGUGCAGGAAAGGCUAUCAAGGAACUUCAGCAUUUUGUCCUUUAUGAUAAACCGCUUGUGCUUCAGUACGCUCGCAACAAGUCAGACGUACACGCCAAGUUGGAUGGAGACUACGAUCAGCACCAUACUACUAGAUUAGAAGAGAAAGCUAAUCGUCCUCCCCUUUCUGCGCCAUUUGGACAGCAGCAAAAAGCACCCAUGCCAGGUUUCGCACCAGGCGCUGCGCCUCCACCCGGUCAACAAAUCCCAGACGAGUUUCUUCCUCCCAACAACAUUCUUUUCCUUCAAAACUUGCCGGAAAAUGUUCAACAGGCUCAGUUGGUCGACCUUUUCCAACAGCACCCAGGUUUCCGCGAAGUCCGUAUGAUCCCCACCAAGCGCGACAUUGCCUUCGUCGAAUACGAAGACGAAGCGCUUGCUGCCAUCGCAAAAGCUGCGCUGGGCGGCCACGAAAUCGAGGAAGGCAAACCUAUCAAGGUUACAUUUGCCAGAAAGUAAAUGCGCUGGUUUGCGGCGUCAACCGCUUUCUUGCUCCACAGUGUAUAUUCCACCGCUUUUUCGAACAUUGCACCACGUUCAGUCUGUAAGAUACUGAAACAAAACAUAAUAAAAAAAUUGGCUACCAUUUGUAUUUAUUGGUAUAACUUCUUUGCGGCAGGCGUUCUUUUUCUCUUUUUUUGGGUUUUUUAUACAUGUCGAGCUUUCUCUUUUUUUUUUGGGGUGUGAGGGAGAUUGUAGUCAAGCCGGAAACGUGUCAGAGCAGAAAUUAAGGUCGAGAAUGUAAUAUAUCAAAA